GAAGACAUUUAUACAAAUUAAAGGGAAAGGUUGGAAGAAUGGAAGUCAUUCAAAUGAGUAACAGAAAUCAAGUAGUAAUAACAAGGAUGAGAAUGGGACAUACAGCUUUGAACAGUACGCUUUUUAUUCUUGGACGGCAUAAUACCGGUAUGCGUGACUGUGGACUUGAUAGGGAAACAGUAGAACAUGUAUUAUGUACUUGUAGAAAAUAUGUGGGGAUAGGGAUGGGUAACUUUGACAUUUGAAUCGAUUCGGUACUAAUUCCCGGUACCUAGGAAUCGAUACCGGUACUUAACGGUACCAAUUUUCGAUACUUUUGAGUGUUUAUUAUUAUAAUUCUCUUUUAUAAUUAAAUAUGUAUUUUUCUCAAUAUAUAACAAUAUUUGAUAAAUAUCACGAUAAAUAACAUUCAGCUGUUUGUAUUUUAACAUCGUCCUUGUAGUUUUAUAAGCUGAUAAUUAAACUGAAGCAAACAUUUUUACUGUGAAUUAAAUUUACUGUGAUUUUUCUACUGGGAAGUUAGAAUUUCCGAGGAGAAAGCGAACGCACCAUUAGCUGAUAACAAUGGUGGCAAUGGAAGCUAACAUAUCAAGCUAACGUUAUCUUAAACAGUUUAUUUAGCUGCUGGAGCAGAUUAAAACGAUGAUUUAGAUCAUUGUCACUGGUUUCAUCUUCACCCAAUCGUCGCAUUUAGUAAAGUGAAGCCAAACUUUAGAGCGUGUUCAUGUUCUUCGUUUUUGUAUUUGUUUGUAGCAAACGCUACUGGAAUGCAUAGAUUGAGCUACGUAGCCAAGAUGAUUAAUUAUUGACCUGUUGUACAUUCGUGAUAUGUUUACCGGUAAACCGGUGUCACAGGGGGAUCUCGCACAGGGCGCCAUUUAGGCCAGCUGAAUUUUGUCUUAAAUAUAAGACAAGACUGUUACACUUGAUGAAAGAUAAUGGUGAACUAUUAGCAGGGGCGGAGCUUGAUAUGUGCAACAUGUGCGGCCGAACAGGGCAGUCUGCAGGCAUGGUGGCGCAGUGGUUAGCACUGUUGCCUCGCAACACGAAAGUCGCGGGUUCGAAACUCGGCUGCGGCCUUUCUGCGUGGAGUUGCGUGUUCUCCCCAUGCAUGCGUGGGUUUCCUCCGGGUGCUCCGGUUUCCCCCACAGAUCACAACAUGCCCUAUAGGUUAAAAAAAAAAAAAAAAUUGUAAGUCGCUUUGGGUAAAAGCGUCUGCUAAGCACGUAAACAUAAACAUAUAACUUUAGCCCUCCUAAAUCUGAUUUUAUAAAAUUAUUAAUAGCACUUCCUAAAGAGGUGGUCUUCCAGUACAGAAACAUUAUUCAACACCAACCUAUAAAUCCACAGUAUGGUUCUAUCUCCAUCCCUUAUGGAUAAAAAGUGUACCAACCAAUUUAUUAGACGGUGUUUUACUGAUCAACUAUACCCUUGUAAAGUCAACAAGAACAUAAUUUACAAAUUUGGUAAAAGCUCCAUUAUUAAACUAAGGACUCUUUAUUUAAAAGUUCCUGUUCAACCUAAAGUAAAAGAAACACAUUUUUAAUUUUUAAACAAUGUCUAUCCCUCAAAGGAUCUGCUCAGAAAACGUUUUAACAUUGAUGAUAACUCAUGUUCCUUUUGUGGGAAGGAUGUUGAAACAACUGAUCAUAUUUUCUUUGAAUGCAACAAGACACGGACGUUUUGGAACUGUUUUGAAAACUGGAUUCAACCUCAGAUUGGAAUCCCAUGUCCCAUUUGAAGAGAUGUCGUCACCUUAGGAACUCUCCUUCAAACAAACAACAAAGAACUCCGCUACAAUCUACUUCUCUGUCUGGCAAAAUUCUUCAUACAUGAACAAAAAAUACUGAAAUCACCCCCUGUGUUCAAUGCAUUUGUACAUGAUUAUAGAUUGUAUCUAAGAUCCCUUAAAUGUAUCAAUAAUAACAGCUAUGAAGAUAUGUAUAGACUUUUGUGUCACUCUUAAAAAUGCUGGGUUAUUUUUCUAACCCAACUGCUGGGUUAAGGCUGAAUUUUUAGAGGUUGGGUCAAUUUAACACAUCAUUGGGUUAAAAAUUCUGACCCAGCGUAUUGGGUUAAAAAAAGGCGGGAAAUAGUAAGAUCCUCCCCCUUGUCUGUGAGCCCGCUUCACCAUUUUAAACCAGAGGAUGACACGGACAUUAAUGGAGUUUCACACCAUCAAGGAUUUAAAAUAAGGUAAGAUGUUACUAAUAAAGAGUUUAAAGAUUCAUUUCAUUAAAACUGGACAUGUAGAUGAUAAAGUAAUGGAUUUUUAGCCUGUCUGUUCAAGACAACCUACUCAUAGUUUAGAUUAGGUAGCUGGCUACUUACCUUCCUAGCAUCGAUAUAUAUAUAUAUAUAUUUUAGAUAGAAUGUAACAGAAUCCGCAGCACAAGGGCUCUGGAAAAUGUUGUGAUCUUCUGUCCACACUCCCUGACAUAGUGAGGCUCUACUGGGGGACGUUAGGCCUUCUGGCUAUUUUAUACCAGUGGUAGCGUCCCCGCUAACGGCAGAGGGCCUUUAUGCUACAGUCAUGUGAAUAAUGUAACACAUUUCAAUUUUACAGACAAAUGGGUGGAUGUGGCUUUGUUGCUGCUGCCAGUGCUUCUCCAAACUGCACCAUACAAGUUGAAGGAGAGCGUUCCGACCAAGCAGAGGUUCAGCAGGCCUUCACUGACUUCCAACCUACUGGAACCAGUCUGGUGAAGAACCUGAAUGGGACCACAGUGGAGCACCACAUGUCCUUAUGGCUGCAGAAGACCAUCGAUGUUCCCAAGAAUUUUUGAUCGUCAAUGGAACUGGAAUACCCAUCUGUUCUUAGACAUUUUUUGUGUGGAUGACAACCAUCCAAAACCACGUGCACAGAUUUGGGGGUUUAUUCAGACAUUUAUCUUUGUUGUGUUACCUGGUCUCCUUAGGUCUUCUGUAGGUCUUCUACUAGGUAAUUAAACACUGAGACACAGCUGUUUAGGUCCAGCGAACUUUUACUUCCAGGCUCCAGCCUCAACUCUUUAACCCUCAACAGUAACACGUGACACUAGUGCCCCCUAGUGAUCACCGUCAUAACAGCAUGUACAUUACAGUACAAUACGCCACAAUCUUUGCAUCAUGAAUCUAAUGCUGUGAAGCUUUGAGGGCUCAUGUUGCUAUGAUGUAAGGUUGAUUUUCUGCUGACUACAGCAUUAAGGUGAGUGUUGGGUGUUGAUGGACAUUUACUUCACUACAGUUCUUCCAUUAAAAUUGUUUAACAUGUUUAAGACAUUACAAGUUACGAAAUGUUUAAUAUUUGUCGUUAAAAAAUGCAAUUAGUAGUCAUUUACAAAACAAGUUUGAAUAUGAAUGCAUGUUUAGAGAAAGUAGAAAAUGCAGCUUUAUUUGUUAUCUUUGUAUUUUGAAAAUUAACAUAAUUUUUGUGAUAAAGAAUUGACUGAGACAUGUUCAUUUUGUUUUAUUGAAUUAUUCAAUUUGUAUUUUAUUUAUUGUCUUUACUGUAGAGUUGGGUCAUUUUAACCCAAGGUUUAGUAAUUUAAUAACCCAGAAGUUGGGUUUUAUUUUUAACCCAGUUUUGGGUAGUCCCAACUAUACAGUUGGGUCAUUUUAACCCAUUGAUUGGGUAGAAAGCAUAACCCAACAAGCUGGGUCAAACUCAUAACCCAACCCUGCUUGGUUAAAAUAACCCAGCACUGGGUCGGUCCAUUGGGUUGUUUUGUAACCCAGCAGUUUUAAGUGUGUACACAGUUCCGGAAAGUCUACACAGUGGCAUUUCUUUAUUAGCACGUGACUGGGGUGGAACUUGCUAUACUUUCAGUCAGGGGUAGGAGGAGUAAGCAACACUGUCUGCACACGCCGGGAGCCUCACUGCAUACUUCUGGCUCGCGUCAGAACGGAGCGGAGUUUGAUUGAAUCAGUUCACUGCUGACGGUGUCCAUCAACUAAACCAGCAGAUUACUAAACUGACUGAUCUGACGGCAGACAGCUAACGGGCUCUGCACCGGAGCCGGUAGGUAUGUACCGGCAUUCCUGUUGCUGGCGGACCGGGAUCUCGCAGCAGCUUCUCCUCAUGCUGCCCCGGAGGCUCGCUGUGGGCUCUGCGCUCUUCUUGGCUGUGUCCAUGGUCUUUGCUGCCAGUCCUGAAGAGCCAGAGGAGAUCCAGGCAGAAGAAGGAAUGGAUGUUCUCCUGAAGUACAUGAAGCCCCAGAACACCAACAUUUCUAUGUGGAAGUGGGCCAAGGUCCACCUGGAUGGACAGCAGUACCUGUGGUUCUACAGUGAUGGACGCUUAUAUCCGUACCAGAGUGGACAGUUUAGGGGCCGAGUGAGGCCAGCUGAUCCUCAGAUGAGGCUCGGAAACUUGUCCAUCAUCCUGUCCAACACCACGGUCAACGACACCGGCAUCUAUAAUGUGGUUAUUAAACUUUCUACUGAACCAGGGAACCAAACCACACAGCGUCACCUGGUUAAUGUGACGAUCGUUCCUACAGGUCACAUGGGUGGAGGAGCCAAGUGUGGAGUAGACAUCUUUUUUCUUAAAGUGAUUCUUCUCCCUCUUGGGAUAGUCUUGGUCUUGGUGGUUAUUGCUAUCAAAACAUUAUUGAAAAAAACAAAACAUUUUGUGUCCGAGAGCAGCUCCGCCCCUCCCCAGUUCCAGUGUUACUGACGGGUCUGACGCUGUCAUGACGACAUCAGCUGAUGCAGGUCUACGGCUCGUCCCUAGGGACAUGUCCUCUCCUGCUGCGCUCCAGUCACCAGAACUUUCUGUCUCCUGGUUGCCAUGACGCUGGUGACUGGAUCAUGAAUGGUGGAGACACUGACUGUCUGACGUGUGGGUUGGGCAUCGAGCAUCGUUGGAACCGGGACUAUCUCAGGUUUUCCAGAAUCCUUCUGGUCUUUUCCAUUCCUAGCUUUCAUUUCCAGGCUGCCGACCGGAAGAAGGGUCGGCGGGCAACCUCUGCACAUUGUGAUUGUAAUGAUUUAAAUGACAUGUCCUGGAACCGCUGGAGGAGAUAAUGCAAAGAAGGAUUCUCCAGAGAAUCAAGAAAAUGAUGGACAACCUGAGCGUUCUCUUCACAAGACUGUCCGACAACGGAAGAGUGUCUUCAGUCAGAGGCUUCUUCAGUUUGGCUGCAACACUGACCGCUACUGGAGAUCCUUCCUGCCAACAGCCGUUGUAAUAUACAACAACUCUUUGAUGACUUGAUUAUUAUUAUUAUUAUGAGCUACUACAGCAAUCAAUUUCCCUCUGGGAUCAAUAAAGUAUUUUUGAAUUGGAUUGAGUUGAAUGUUAUUUAAUAAGCCGUAAGACAAAAGAUUCCAUAGUAAAUAUGAAAUCCACCUUAUGGAUCUGUGAGGUUAUUUUAAACCAGAAGAUUGGAACUUUUUAUUGCAGGGAUUAGUUAACAGCUUCACAUUCACUCAGAGACAACAGACGAGAGAGUCAAGUUUAAAAGUUUAAAGAUUUAUUACCAAACAAAUUAAAACUAGACUAACUUUAACACUAAAUGUAUGGUGUAACUAAGGUGAGGUAAGACUGAGAAUGGUGUAUGUGUGAAUAUUUCAGAACCAGCAAAUCCGGAGAAGCGAUUAGUUCUGACGGGAAAUGAAGGUGAUGUCUUUGCGCUAAGCUUUAGGAGAUUCAUAAACACAUUCGACGCCAUUCUGUCGAUCUACAUACCCUGGUGGAAGUCCCUGUUAGAUCAGGAAGGUCGAGGUCCAGGUUGACCUUCCCUGGAACCGAAGCCGGUAGGAAAAGAAGCAGUUGCCGAUCAGUCCAGUCUGUGAGAUACUUCCGUGUCACA